CCCUAUACCAAGAUGGUAUAUUUGGUUCUGAAACUUACAAACCCGUAGUUUUUAAGAUCACGAUGAAUCUUUUACUUCUGUGAAAAGUUUUUUAAUUUUGAGUUCAAAACGAAGGUGAUACAAAUUGGUUCCAAUGUGGUAAUGGGUGAUAUGGAAAAAAAACUCUAAAAAUAUAUUGAAAAUAAAUAUCAUUUUAUAGAUCACAACGAACUCGUUUCAUUUGUUAAAAAAUUGAAAUUUAAGUCAAAACAAAAUAGAUACACCCAAGGGGCCAUAUUUGAUUAUACACCCAAACCUAAAUUAUAUAUAUUGUAAUACUAUAAAAACAAAGGUUCGAGAAGGCGUUGGGCACAGCCUAACGCCUAGCACUCCUAGGUGGUGUCUAGGUGACGGCGUGACGCCUUGGCGUUUUAGUAAAUGGAGUGGUUUUUAGUAAAAAUAACAAUUUUAUAGCAUAUUUUUUAUUUAAUUCAAUUUUAAAUGAUUAAUAAUUUAGCUAACCCUCAACAAUAAUAAAAAUAAGUCAUGACCUAGUAUUACAAUUCCAAAUAGAGGAAUGAGUGAAGGAUGUGUUGAACAUAGGGCAGGUAGAGAUGUCGUGUUUGUGAAGAUUAGCUAUAAAACUUUACCUCCUUGGUCAACUAAUACAAUUAAGCAAGCCUCACUUGGAUUAAUCAUGCCUCACACCAAUAAAUCACGUCUAGUUUCACCUGGACGUCGUUUAGGUGUUAUGAACGCCUAAUUGUACACCUAGGCGGCGAUAUAUUUUGUCAUGUCUAGUACCUAGACAUUGUGUAGGGGUACGCAGAAUUACACCUUUUUGAACACGAUAAAAAUCAUACAAGGAAUCAGUGAAAACCUCAAAGGAUUAUCUAGAUUAAGCAGAGGAACGAGGAAGCAAUAGAAGGGAAGAGAUUCUCGGAGGAGGGAGUCAUUCACAGAUUCCUUGCAUGGGUUGAAAUCAACAGGCAAGCUCAGGACAAUGCUACUCGAAGCAUUUUGCCUACAAGAUCAUAAAAGAAGUGCAACAUAUUGGUUGGAAAGUUCCAAGACAGGGAUGGAUCCAAAUCCAAACAGAUGGAUCUGUUAUCUCUCAAACUGAAGUUGCUGCUGCAGGCGAACUUCUGCGUAACCACAUGGGAAGGUGCGAGGGAGCAUUCACUUGCAAUCUUGGAGUCUGCUCAAUUACAAGAGCCGAGCUUAAGGGUGCCACUGAGGGGUUGCACCUUGCUUGGCGCGAAGGGUACAGGAAAGUUGAGCUGAACUUGGACUCUUCAACUGCCAUUAACAUCAUCAAGGCAUGGAAGAACAGUGACCAUGUUCAUGGGCUGCUUGCGACGCAAAUUGGGACUCUUUUGAAAAGAGAUUGGGAUGUCCGUAUUAAUCACAUUUUUAGAGAAAGUAACUAUUUUGCUGAUUUCCUAGCUAAUAGGGGACAUUCUGUUAAUUUUGGCACACAUUUCUUGGAUGUGAGCGACCCCAACUUUUGUUAUUGGCUCAAUUACGACUCCAUGGAUAUUACCAUAUCCUCGAGCCGUUAUUAAUACGAUUUAGACGCAGAUGGUGUCAGUCUUUUUAUAAAAAAAAACCUCAAAGGAUUUAUAUAAUAAUGUCACUAUAUCCUCGAAUUUUGUAACAACAAGAAAGGGGGAAAAGAUAAAUAGUCAAUUAGGAA